CUAACGAAUGGAAUUCUAUUGUUGCAGGACGUAAUGAGCGAGUACGAACGAAUCAAGCGUUCGUGCUUGAAACGAGGUGAACUAUGGGAAGACCCAGAAUUUCCAGCGACGCAGACUUCGGUCUUCUAUCAUCAAACGCCUCCGUUUCAGUUUCAAUGGAAGAGACCAAAGGUGACAAAUGGCUAGUUUCCUGUCUGGGCGUCUUGCACCUGAGUAAAGGACUUUUCUACAGAGUGGUACCGGCCGAUCAAGGAUUCGGGAACAGCGGAGAACCGCCUGGAUCACCGACGGCCGAGUACGCCGGGGUCUUCAGGUUCCGGUUAUGGUGGUGCGGUGCAUGGGUCGAAGUUCUCGUCGACGACAGGCUACCGGCAAUUCACGGUCGGCUGGCUUUCGUGCAAAGUCGUCACAGUGAUCAAUUCUGGCCGGCUCUUCUGGAGAAAGCGUAUGCCAAAUUGCACGGGUCAUACGAAGCUCUGAAAUAUGGAACUCUUCUGGAUGGUUUGUCUGAUCUCACCGGAGGGAUUACAGAGAGUAUCGCGAUUCGCCAGGAUCCUACAGCGUGCGGACGUGUCCUUGCGAAACUCCUCGAUAUGACGUCCCUUAUCACGUGUACAGUAAAUAACAAUCAACAACAAGUAGAGACAUUUAACGGUGAAGCAGUUCAGUUAGUAAAAUUAAGAAAUCCUCUUGGACCUGGUAGGGAGUAUGUUGGCGCUUGGGCGAGAGGUGGUCUUGAAUGGGAUGAAGUACCACCGAUGGAAAGGGAUCGUUUAGCGGUCAGAAACAUGGCCGAGGGAGAAUUCUGGAUAUCAUAUUCAGAUUUCGUGAAGACAUUCACUCAUUUAGAAGUCGUGCAUCUUGAUGCCGAAACGUCGAGGGAUGAGCCAUCGUUGCAUAGCAAACAUACCUGGCAGAUGAAACUCUAUCAAGGUAGCUGGAGGAGAGGCGUAACCGCGGGAGGAUGUCGAAACAAUGAAGGUAAUAGGCUUCACAGCAUAUACUUUGCCGAAAAAUAACACCGAAUCGAUAAACAAACAGUUUUUCAAAAAGAAUAAAUCUUUGGUGAACUCGCAGUAUACCAACAGUCGUCAGGUGAGCCACAGAUGUCAAUUAGAUCAGGGUGGCUAUCUGUUAGUACCCACUACCUUUGAACCUACGCAAGAAACAAGUUUUACAUUGCGAGUCUAUAGUAGUAAGCCUCUGAAACUCAAACUUCUCGAUACACCGCCAUCUCUAGUAAAGUCGACGAUAAUCAAAGCACCACCUCUUGAAGGCAAAGGGUUCUCGCAAUACGAAGCCGUUUUCCUACAACUUGCUGAUGAACACAGAACCGUAAAUGCUUUUGAGUUGCAAGAACUUCUUGAAGCUUGUUUACCGAAUGAGCUCUGGUAGCGGUCGAUUGAAAUUCAAUGACUUCAAGGAUCUUAUGUGCAGUUUAAAAUACUGGCAAGCAGCAUUCAAAAAUCACACGAAGGAGAAAACCGGUAUACUUAAAGCAGAACGAUUACGAGACGCGUUAUUAGAAGUGGGGUUCCAAUUAAAUACGGAUGUACUCUCAAUUUUAAUUCUUCGAUAUAUGAGAAAGGAUGGUACACUCCGAUUCGGCGACUUCGUCUCGGCAAUAUUGCAUUUGAGUGACGCAUUUGUGGCUCAGAUCAUCUUUGAUGUGCUGAAUAUGUGUGUACCUUAAAAUACUUGUAAAUAAUGUUCUUUACAUCGUAUAUAGACUUAAGUUUUAGCCAUAUUAACGGUUAAUGAUCGAGUCUAUUUUUUGUGCUGUUUGUAAAAUAAUACCAUUAUUCCCGCCAUUAGCAAUCUCAUCAUUCCUUCAUCUGAUUAUGCAUUAUAAAUGACUAUGUAUUAUAUGUUGUUUGUAUAAGAAAUUCAUACUGGAUAAUAAAGUUAAAUUUAUUUUGUACAGUUCUUUUAUCCGAA